UUUGAUGAUACGCAGCAUCACGCGGCUAUAAAAGUGAUACUCAAUUAUUGUGGCCUCGCCAGAAGUAAUCCCAACGGUAGUGAAAUCAAACUUGUGUAUUAUAAUGAAGAAAUUUGCAUUAGUUAUAGCCAUUUUGUGCGUUGUGGGGGUGCAGGCUGCACCAAAUCGAUCUCCACGUAUCAUCAAUGGACAAGUUUCUACGAAUCAACCAUAUAACGCGUAUGUUCUAUACCUGAAUCAAAACAACGCGGGAUUCUAUGGAGGUGGCUCACUUAUUUCCCCUCUGCAUGUUCUGACAGCUGCUCAGGUUAUUGUUGGAUUCGUUCGAUGGGAUAUUGGACUGGGAAGCAACGUCUUCGCCCAACUUAGAGGCAUCAGCUCAAACUUGGCUACAGCCCAUCCGCUGUAUAAUUCCGCUAACAAGGCAAACGACAUCGGUAUUAUAACGCUACCUUGGUCUCUCACGUUUACUUCAACUAUAGCACCGGUUGCCCUUCCGGUCUUAAACAGCCAGCAAAUCAACCUGCUGCCCCUCGAUAACGAACAGGGUACAGUUGUGGGCUACGGAUUCACUACCAGUACUUCAACGACUCGAUCGGAUUAUCUGAUGCGAUCCUUCCAGCGGGUAACUCUUAGCAAUCGUUGCCAACAGUUCUACCAGAUCACGCUUCCGCAGCACUUCUGCGCCGAGAACACCAUUGACUACUCCAACAUCUGCAAUGGCGAUCUGGGUGCUGGAUUUGUGACAGAUGUGCGUGGAGUUCCUACCGUUACCGGAAUUGCGUCGCUGGCUACCCAGAGCUGCGGAAAUGUGACCCCUUCGGGGUAUACCCGGGUCCAGUACUACCGGCAGUGGAUCACUAGUGUGACUGGCAUUCAAUAAGUUAAGUGUAAGAGAAUAUCAGCGAAUAUACGAUUUAUGUACAAACCAAAAGAAGCGUUGAGUAAUAAGAUCGGCUAUACCCAACAAUGAUUCAAAUAACUUUCGAAAAAAAAAUGGGAUUUAUCGAAACAUUUUCAUUUUAAAUAGCGUAUUUCGAUGUUCAAGGUCUUAUCUAGCCUUAUUUCCGCCAUCCAAUCGGUACGCUCUAUACUCGCAGAUAACAAUUGAGUUGCAGCUAUUCAAUUAGUAUUUAUUGUCUGGCUUUGCUAUCUGUCGAAUCAACAGCAGCCAAUGGAGGUAAACGUUCAUAUUGUUGACGAGAAUAUAGCUUAUCAGAAAACCAAAUACGUACAGAAAACAGGAUUUCAGAUUCUCACGUGCAAAAUUCAAAAACAUGUGUUGCAAAAAUGUGUUUGCAAUUCAACAUUUGUUUUUAUUUCAGACAACCAGUUUAAUAUAGACAUAAAACUGGGUCGGAAAAUUCGUCUGAAAAAAAAAAAGAAAACCAAGAAGAUGUUUACACGUUUUAUCAAAUGAUUAUAUAAAUUCAAGGAAUUCCAAUAACUAUCGAUUGUGUGAAUUUCAAGAGCUGCAUUGUGAAAAAUUCUUCUUUAAAAUAAAAGCAAUGUUUUUAAGUAACCCUGAUAAACAUAUUCAGGUAGGAAA